UGAUCCGGCGGGCGGGGGGGGGGCUCCCCCGCUUCAAAACUGGAUCCCAAGAUGUCGAGGCUGCUUUGCUUUCCCGCAGUGAAAGGGCUCCAAGGGCUCCACUCUGUCUCUGGGCAUUUCAGCACCUGCAGGAGGAGGGAGGCGCGAGGCGGCGCGAGCGGUCCCCUCCCGGCAGGGCAAGGGAAGCGAUGUGCUUAGUUCGGGCAGAACCCUCGCCGGGAGAGGGCGCGGCUAGCGCCAACCUGACCCCCGCUACAUUUUCUCUGGCCCCUCUAAAUGGUUUCGCAUACAAUGUUUAAAAAUAUCUUAAGUGGUUGCCCCACUACUUUAUUUUUGCGUGCCCUUCAAAUUUGUAGGCUGGCUACUACUGGCCUGUUUUAGGGCACCACUGGGGAGGGAGGUCCCACCUUCGAAUUGCAGCCCAGUCCUGGGAAGAAAUCCAAGGGCAGAAAUGCAGAAUCCCUGCACUGUAGAAGUGCACUUUCUGUGCAAAAAUCCUACCCAGCCCAGGACUCCUAAAACCAUAUCUGGAGAGUAGGCUCAUAAGAACAUAGGAAGCUGCCACAUACUGAGUCAGACCCUUGGUCUAUCUAGUUCAGUAUUGUCUACCCAGACUGGCAGUGGCUUCUCCAAGGUUGCAGGCAGGAUUCUCUCCCAGCCCUGAUCAAGGUCCCUGUCCUGAGGGGCUUACAAUCUAGAAAGUCCAGCACAAGAGUUAUAUUACUUAUAGAUAUACUGGAAACUGUUGGGUGGGAGGUCACCGUCUUUUAUAGCGACCUGAGCAAAGCCGAAGGACUGGGUCAGAAGUGAUGCGCUGCCCUGCUAACUGAGCAGAGAGGCUCCUUUUAAAAGCAGUGGUUCUUUGUACUGCGCAGGUGGGAGGGCCACUGACCCUAUCCAUCCCUAGCACAACAACCCUCCCGUUGCUGUUGCUGGUAUCUGCCUGUAUAAUAAGGCAGCUUCCUAUGUCCCUCUGUAAUAAAAGUUGCUAAAGGUUCCGCCUGCUCCCUCGCCACAACAUGUAGCUGCUCUUGGCUGGUCCUGCUGCUGCGAACCAGUUUGGAGCCGGAGCAGGAAGCGGUUCCAACGGCAGAGGGAGAAGGAGGGCUCGCCUGGCAGGCGCCCCGCCCCUCUUGGGCCUCUCCUGCCCUGUGUCCGUCGCCCUUGCUCGUUCCGCCGGGCGCGCCUCCCUCGCAGAAAGGUUCCGGCCCAGUCAUGGCCGCCUCCGCAGCGCCUGGGGAGCCGCCGCCGCCGCCGCCGCCGGGGAAACCGCUGCAGAGCGCCAUGAAGCUGGCCAAGGGCGCCCUCGAGCUAGACGCCGGAGACCGGCCGCGGGAAGCUUAUGUGGAAUACCUGAAGAGCAUCAACUACAUUUCCCAGGCUCUGCUGGAGGAGGCGGUGGCGGCAGCAUCCGCGGCAUCAGCAGCGAAAGCAGAUGGAAGCGAUGUGAUGCCUGACACCCCCAAGAUGCUGAAGGUGGCAGAACAGUGCCUGGAAAGAGCCAAGAGCAGCAUUGCUAAAAUGGGAAAAGCCAAGGCAAAACCGGUGGCAGAGAAGGCCUUGGGCCCCGCUCCCGUCACCCGACACCGCAGGGUCUUCUCGGACGAAGGUGGGAAGCUGUCGCCUUUCCUGCCCCCCGAGAUGUUCCAAAAGCUGCAGAUCUCGGAGGUGCAGAGUUCGAAGAAGGAGCUCACCCCACUGGAGGAGGCGUCGCUGCAGAACCAGAAGCUGAAGGCGGCCUAUGAGGCCCGAAUGGCCCGUCUCAACCCCAACCAGGCCAUGCAAAAGACGUCUCUGACGCUUUCCCUGCAGCGCCAGAUGAUGGAGAACUUGGUCAUCGCCAAAGCGCGGGAGGAGACGCUCCAGAGGAAGAUGGAGGAACGCCGGCUGCGGCUGCAGGAAGCGGCCAACAGGAGGUUCUCCAGCAACGCGGUGCUGACCACGGAAGAGCAGGAGCAGCGGGCGAUCUAUGCCGCCAUCCUGGAGUACGAACAGGAUCACGAGUGGCCGAGGCUGUGGAAGGCCCAGCUGAAGAGGAGCCCCGACGACCUCUCGCUGGUGCCCAAGCUGGUCUCCCACCUCCUCAGCUUUGCCGACCACCCCAUCUGCCAGCUGCUGCAGAAGCUCCAGUGCACGGUCUACGGCCGCGUCUACCCGCUGGUGAGCCGGAGGGCGGCCGACGGUCGGGCCCCCCCCGGCAAGGUCUCCCGCGGCUUGUCUCUCUCCUCUUCGCUGGACGCGGAGGCCUUUCUGGGCCCGGCCCCCGAGGGACGGAGGCUGCGGUCGUCCCAGAGCUUGCACUCCAUGUUCUCCGUCCAGGAGAACAACCAGCUGAACCUCCAGCACAGCCUCUCCAGCACCCCGCUCAUCGAGGACCAGGGCCUGGGCCCCCCCGGCACGGGGCGGAGGGCCCCCCCUUCGGAAGAGCCCACCCCCCCGCUGGCCGACAGGGAGAGCUCCUUCGAGGACCUCGAGCGCUUCUUGGCGGCCUCCGACGGGUGGCCCUUGGGGGCCCCGCGAGAGCCCCAGGGCCCCGCCGGGAAGCCGCCCACCUCCCAGCAGGAGCACCUCAAGGCCGUGGUGAAGGACAUUCACAACUCCAUCGACAGGCUGCUCUCCCUGACUCUUUUGGCCUUUGAGGGCCUCAACACGGCCGCCUCCAAGGACCAGUGCGUGGCCCGCCUCGAAGAAGCCUUCUUUGCCCCUCUCUGGGCCCCCCUGUUGGCCGUGUACAGGAACGUCUACAAGACCCGGGAAGCAGCCCUGUCCAGGAGCAUGGAGCUCUACCGGAACCUGCCUCCCUCGGAAAUGGGCAUCUCUCCCAAGCUGCUGCCCCAGGGGAGCCUGCCCAGGGGGAUCGGCUCCUACCCGUACUGCACCGCCGUGCAGGAGCUGAUGCUGCUCCCCCUGGGAAGCUGCCCCCAGAAGAAGCUGGAGUGCAUUGUGCGGGCGCUGCGCGUCAUCUGUGAGUGUGCAGAGGACUACUGUGGGGGCCGAGAGGGCAGGCCCCAGCCGGCGGCAGCGGCCAUCGGUGCUGACGACCUCCUUCCCAUCCUGUCCUACGUGGUGCUCAAGAGCAACUUGCCCCAGCUGCUGCCGGAGUGUGCUGCGCUGGAGGAGUUCAUCCACGAGGGGUACCUGAUUGGCGAGGAGGGCUACUGCCUCACGUCCCUGCAGAGCGCCCUCUCCUACGUGGAGUCCCUGCACAAGCCGGCCCUGGCGAAGUAGCCGGCUUGCCGAAGCCAUGCGGCCUUCCUCCCCGUCCCGUGCAGAGGGGGCCGCUCCUGCUCCUGGGUGAGGGGGCGCCGCUGAGAAGACCUCGCGCCUCCUUUCCCGCCGCCGCUGUCCGCAGCCCACUCGCGCAGCCUUAGUGUGAACACUCGGCGGUGUCCCUGCCUCUGCCUGCCGUGUAGUGGUGGGGCUGGGCUCUCCUGCGAGGGGGUCCUCCUUUCUCUUUGCUACGGCAUCCUUGCUUGCAGCAGCGACCCUCGAGGGAGUGUGGCGGGGAGGGGGGCGGCUGCUGCUGCGACGACUCCCCCCGCCGUCAAGCCCCUUCCCUAAGGAGGGUCUGUUGCCUCCUCCCCUCUUGCUGCCCCGUCCAAGGACCGCCACUCCGCCUGCCCUGUGCCGCUGCCCUCUGGGGGCACAUCGAGCAGGAGCAGCUCCGGGCUUGGCACUGGGCCCCCGGCCCCCACCUGCAUGCCCCCUGCUGCGUAGCUGCUUCUGCUCGCUGGGUGGUGGUGAAACUGCCCCCUGGGAGCCGGGUCUGGGGUUAGAGCCAGAGGGAGCAACGCUGCCCUCGCCUCGCCCAGAGGACGUAACUGUGAAUUGGACACCAUCCGUGUCUGCAGAGCUAGGCGGGGAGGACGGGCCUGGCCACUGGUCCCCCCCCCCAAAAAAACCAACCACAUGAGGUUAGUGUAGGUUUUAGAGACUGCUUGCAGAAACCAAGAACACUCCCUGAACGAGGGUGAAUGCAUCUGUGAGGGGGUCUGUGUGUGUGUGUGUCUGUCCCUAGCCAGAAUGUUGCACGGUAUCUUGAAGAGGAGCUUGGAGCCACAGGCCAGAGGAGCAAGUUGCUGACCCAGAUGGCCACAGUUCUUCCCUGGGCGGCCUUUCAUAGGAGAGCCUUGGAAGGGAAUCUCUGAGGCCGGAGUGGCUGCUCCAAGCCCCGUGCUGGAGGAGGUUUUGCAGAGGCUGGGAGGGGGCUCCUCCUCUGGAGCAGCUGGCCCUGCUGAGGGGAGCCCACGCGGGGAGGGGUCUGACGCUUCCCGUGCUUGUGCUGGGAAGUCCUGGCUCAGUUGGCAUGAGGAGCAAGGAGUAGGGACCCGGUUGCUUCUGUGAGUGCUCAGUGUUGCCUGCUCACGCCGUGGGCUGCCCCUCCCAGUCCCUCACCAGAGACUACCUGUCACGGGGUUCCUCUCCCUCCCAGCUGUUCAGCUUGGCUCUUGCAGGGGGAGGCUGUAAUAAACACGUUGUCUGCUGCCUGCCCAGGAA